CCUGGUGCUGGUUGUGUCACAAGGGGCAGCGUCGACGGCGUUUUGGGCGGUGGCUGCGGGUGGCGGGCAGCCGGUUGGACGCUGCCUCGUUGGUGUUAGGACAAGGCAGCUUGGUCAGCGCGCACAAGCCCCAUGCGGCGCUGGAACGCCUCAGCGGCGGAGAGUUGCGAGCAGUUGGGUCGGCGAUGCCUCCGCCGCUGGCCUUGGAUGGAUCGGGAAGCUUCCUACGACUCUGUCCUCGAGAAAAAAGGGCGCAAAAAAGCGCGCGGGUUUCUCGCGCAAUAAAGGCGUUGCUUUUGUUUUUGCCGCUGUGGCGCCGCCGCGGUAGCUGCGGGCCACUUGUAACGCUGCGCUUGAAGCGCCCUGAGGCCAGGCUCUCGCUGCGCUGCGAAAAAACGCCGCAAGGAACGCCCAAAAAACUCACCGUUCACGUGAACUGUAGCAAACGCGGCAGCGGACGAUGGACCGCCUCAACGCCUUAAGAGGCACGCCCUCACCAAACGCGACCGCGCCGUCGCCCACCACGUCCCAGAAGGACGCCGCCGAGGCGAACGACUUCUUCGCGGCGCUCGCGGGCGGCGCCGACAACAUCACGAGCCGGCGGCGCGCGCCGGCCAAGGCCGCCGCGCCCGUCGAGAAGACGCCCGCGCGGAGCUUCGUCGCGCUGCCGAGCCCGUCGACCUCCCAGAAGGACGACCAGGAGGCCCAGGACUUCUUCUCGACCCUUUUACAAGGAUCGCAGCCGACGCCCGCCGCGACGCCCGCCGCGCGGCCCGCGCCGCCGCCGACGCCCAUGUCGAUCUCGCCGCCGCCGCCUCAACAAACGCAGCAGCAGCGCCGCGUGUCCUUCCGCGAGCCCGUCGACGCGCCGCCGCCGCCGCUCCCGCGCACCGUGAGUGAGGAUAAUGAGACGCCGCCGAAGGAGACGGACGACGUUUUGAAGCUCGUCGACUCGUGGGGCGCCGACGCUUCGCCCGACGACGAGGCGGCGCGGCUCGCGCAGCUGCGCGCCGACGAGGAGCGGCGCCGCGCGUCGGAGGCGCACGCCGAGAGCGCGCGCAAGGUCGCGCUCGAGGAGGCCGCGGCCCGGGCCGAGGCCGAGGUGAGCGGCCUGCGCCGCGUCGCGACCGCGUCGCCCGAGGAGGGGAGCCGGCUUACUGAAAGACGCCGCGCGCGGCGUGAGGCCACGGUCUGGUCCGCGGGCGGCUCGUCGUCGAGCGACGCCGACGCCGCGACGACGCCGGCGCCGACGGCGCCGAAGCGGACGGAUUCGGCCGAAGCGCGGGACUUCUUCGCGGCGCUCGGCGCGCCCGUCGCGGAGCCGGCCGCUUCUCCGGCGCCCGAGGCCGCGCCCGUGGAGCCGGAGGCGCCGGAGGCCGAGGUGCCGGCGCCCGAAGUCGCGGAGGCGCCCGCGAUGCCGCCGCUGCCCGAGACGCCCGUCGCCGAAGCCUCGAGCACGAAGGAGCGCACGCCCGACGGCGCGCGCGUCGUGACGACGUGCGCGGGCGCCGUCGCGCGCGCGCCGCCGCCCGUCGAGCCCUCGGAGAUCCCGGGCGCCGUCGCGCUGCCCGGCCUCGCCGCGCCGAAGCCCAUCAUUCCCGCGGCCGACGCGCCGCCGCCCGCGCCCACCGAGCCGGUCGCGCCCGCGGAGCCGGCGCCGCCCGUGCCGCCGACGCCGGCCGUCGCGCAACCGACCACCACUACAACGACGACGGCGCGCCGCAACGUCGUCACGUCCUGGGGCGCCGCGACCGCGCGCCGCGUGCCCGCCGCGGCGUCGCCGAAGCCUCCGUCCAAGACGCCGGCGCCGGCGAACGUCGUCCGCGGCUGGGGCCCCGCGGCGCGCGCGCCGGCGGCGCUGCCGACGCCGGAGCGCAACCGCGCGAAGGCCGCCGCCGCCGCCGCCCGGCGCCGGAGCAUGGCGCCCAGUGCGCCGCCGGAGAAGAAGAAGGUCGAGCGCAAGAGCUCGCUCACGGCGCCCGUCGCCCCGAAGUUCGCGGAACGGAAAGCUAGACCCCAACGGUUGUCGACGGAGGAGCAGCAGCUGCGCGCGGCGGCGCAGAAGCGCGCGCAACUCAAGGCGCGCCUCGCGGCGAACGCGCGCGCCGUGCCGGGCGCCGCCGGGACGGCGCGGCGCGCGGCGCGGGCGGCCGCGUCGCCGCGGCGCGUCGCCCCGCAGGCCAAGCCGGCGCCCGCCAUGAGGCGCGGUCCUACCAUUGCCAAGCCCUUCACGUUCGGCGCGUCGCGGCGCCAGACCGUGGCCUUCCGCGAGCCUGUGUCUCCUCCCCUCGCGGAACGAUUGGCGAAGGCCGACGCCGCCGUGCCGUCGCGGUGGCGCAAGGAGCCGGCGCCCCGCACCAAACGGCGCCAGACGCUCACGCAACCGGCGUCGCCCGCCUUAGCGACCAAGAACCUGCGCCAGAAGCCGCCGCCGCCCCAAAAGAAGGAGGAGGUCUGCACGGACUUCAAGGCGCGGGAGUUGGAUCAGAGAAUCCUCGGCGACGCCGGCGGCUGCGUCGGCGUGCCCGUCGUGGCCUCGAGGCCCUGCACGGCGCCGGCGCCUCCCAGACUACACGCGACGCGCGCGAAGCCGAUCGCCAUGUCGCGCGACGAGUACGAACUGUCAAAGCCGGCGUUCAAGGCGCGGGAGUGCCCCGGCGGCAUGGCGCGGUUUGCUUUCCUGCGUCCCUUCCCUUCGACACCCGAACCAUUGCCUCGAUGGCGUCGACGCCGACACGCCAUCGGCGCGAUCGACACUCAACAACACAGGCCCUCGACGGCGCCCGCGCAACAACCGCGCCACACGAAACACCAGCGCAAAACUAUGUCAAGGCCCUUCUCGGCGCGCCCGGCGCCCCCGCAGAAGUUCGAGGUCGCCAAGUCGAGCAAGCCGCUCACGGUAGCACAGACGCCGCCCAUGCCCGGACUAGUCAGGCACCAGCAAGCGACGCAGCGCUUCGAGCAGAAGAAACGUAACGAAGCGAAGGCCCUGAAAAGGCGGCAGUCGCGCGGUUUGGUGUUGAGAGAGCGCGACAGCAACACGCAGAAUCUUGAUGCUCGGUUCGAGAAACGAAAGGCCUACGACGCGGAACUCAAAAGACGGCAGGCUCUACGUACUGUACAGGCGGCGCAGGAGGCCGACGAGGCCAAAAGGCUCGAAGAAGAGACAUUGAGGAGGGAGCGGAUGACGCCGGCGGCCAAGGGCGGCAUGCAGUUCGUCGCCUCGGCGAAGCGCUACGGGCGGCACGGCUCCUUGACGAAUCCUGAUGAUCUUGUGGAAGAGACGCCUCUGGCGGGUGCGCUGGUCGACUACGGGACGCCUCAGCACGCCGAGAGUGACGUCUACGCGGCGACGCCCGUCGGCGAGGCCGCCGAGGGCCGCAUCGCCGAGGCCGUCGUGGAGGCCUGCUGA